CCUGUCAUGAGCAACGUGUAAAACCACCGCGACACUCGCCAACCCCACCCACUGGUCCUGUCGAGACAAGCUGAUUGCAAGCGCAUUGUACUGUUGUCUGUAGGAUACCGCGUGUUGGUACGAUCUAGAUGCCUGCCGACAUUCGCAGUUUCUUUGGCGGUGGGCCCAAGCCGAGCAGCCAGAGCGAGCAGACGAAGAAAGAUGAGAAGCCCGCAACGAAGAAAACAGCGCCCAAGAAGACAAGUCGUGUGAGUCGUGUCAUCGACGACUCCGAUGACGAUGAGGAGGAAGAAGUAAAGCCGAAGAAGACGACACCCAAGAAGCCGCCACCGAAGAAAGCGAAGCGAGAGCCCACUCCCGAACUCGAAGAGACAACCACCUCUGCCUUCUUUGCGAGCACGAAUAAGCCGAAGCGAACCGAACCACUCAAGAAGAAGCCCGCGGACACGCCGAAAGCGACACCAAAGGGAACACCUGUGAAGGCGAAUAAGAGUGUGCCCAAGACAGCCGUACCAGCCUCCAAUGGCAGAGCGUCCGGCCGAGCGAAGAAGCCUGUUACAUCGUAUGCCGAAGCAAACAACGACGAUGAAUUUCCCGACGACGAUCUCGAUGAGGCUGAUGAUAUAUUCGGGGCCAACUUCAAAGGCAAGAGCAAGGACGCCUACAUUGAGGGUUUAGAGAGUGACGAUGACCUACCCGUGAAGCUGCCCCACCGCGGAACUCCAAAGACCCCCGCGAAGCAGCAGAAGAACAUCAUUGAAGAGGAUGAUUUCAUACCCGAGGACGAAGAUGUGGAUAUGAAGGAUGUGGAAGAGGAAGAUGAUUUUGUCGCGCCUGACGAGGACGAGCAGGCCUCAAAACCAAAAGCAAAGAAGCCAUCCGCUGUAGGACGAAAGCGGAAGUCACCGACACUUGACGAAGAUGAGGAAGAUGAGGAAGAAGAAGAGGAGGAGAAGCCGAAGAAGGGGCGCGCAAAGAAGGCUACCCCUGCAAAAUCUCCUGCAAAAAAGAAGGCGAAGAAGGAGGAUGUUGCGGAGGAUGCGGAUAUACAAGCCAUCUACGACAGUAUCCCAACGGUGCGUGCCCCUACGCCUCCACCCAAGGAUCCGAAUGCGAAAUUCGACUUUCGAGCAAAUGCAGGCCGUGGGGACCAAGCACCAAUCCAAGGUUCAUCGGGCGACAUGCCCUCCGGAUCAGAGACAUGCCUUGCGGGGCUGACCUUUGUCUUUACCGGUGUCUUGCAGCGAUGGGGCCGUACCGAAGGUCAGGAGCUUGUCAAACGACAUGGCGGUAAGGUCACAACGGGCCCAAGCAAGAAGACAAACUAUGUUAUACUGGGCACAGACGCCGGUCCCACUAAGCUGCAGAAGAUUAGGGAUAUGGGCAUCAAGACCAUUGACGAGGACGGAUUAACGGCGCUCAUCGAGAAGCUAACGGCAGCUGGAAACAAGGGCGACACCAAGGCCCAGGCUGCUUACAGGGAGAAGCAGCAAAAAGAAGAGGACAAGAUCCGGCAGCAGGCUGCCGAAAUGGAGAAGGAGGAGAAUCAACGUCUGAAAGAACUGAAGGCUGUAACUGCAGCUGCUGGAAGCAAGUCUGCUUCUACUUUCAAAGCUACCACUCAAGGUGCAGGGCCUGUCGUAGACUCCCGACUCUGGACAACAAAGUAUGCGCCAACAUCUCUGAAUCAGAUAUGUGGAAACAAGACAACCGUCGAGAAGAUACAACGAUGGCUACAGCGAUAUCCAAAGAACCUCAAGACUGGCUUCAAGCUUGCUGGGCCAGAUGGCAGUGGAGUGUUUCGAGCAGUGAUGCUUCAUGGACCCCCCGGUAUCGGCAAGACUACAGCAGCGCAUCUUGUUGCAAAGCUCGAAGGAUACGACAUUGUUGAGAGAAACGCCAGUGAUACACGGAGUAAGAAACUCAUCGAAGAGGGCCUCCGCGGAGUGCUCAGUACGAAUUCACUCCACGGAUACUUUGCUAGCGACGGAAAGACAGUCGAAGAGUCCAAGAAGAAACUUGUACUGAUCAUGGACGAAGUGGAUGGCAUGUCUGCGGGUGACCGAGGUGGUGUUGGCGCUCUUGCUGCCGUCUGCAAGAAGACUGAGAUACCCAUGAUCCUUAUCUGCAACGACAGGCGGCUGCCCAAGAUGAAGCCAUUCGAUUUUGUUACUUACGAUCUACCUUUUCGACGACCGACUGUCGAUCAAGUCCGCUCUCGUAUCAUGACGAUUGCUUUCCGGGAAGGCUUGAAAAUGCCCGCACCUGUCGUGAACGCACUGAUUGAGGGCAGCCAUGCCGACAUCCGUCAAGUGGUUAAUAUGAUCUCUACUGCAAAGCUAGAUCAAGAAGCUAUGGACUUUGAUGCGGGUAAAAAUAUGUCCAAGAACUGGCAGAAGCACGUCAUUCUGAAGCCUUGGGACAUCACACAGAAGAUACUCGGCGGUGGCAUGUUUGCUGCAAGCAGCAAAGCUACGCUGAACGAGAAGAUUGAACUCUAUUUCAAUGACCACGAGUUCAGUCCUCUCAUGCUACAAGAGAACUAUCUUGGUACCAACCCCAUUUUAGCUCUCAACUAUACCGGCAAGGACAAGAACCUGAAGACGCUCGAGCUUGCGUCUGAGGCGGCUGAUAGCAUCAGCGAUGGUGAUCUUGUCGAUCGGAUGAUUCACGGCUCUCAACAACAAUGGAGCUUGAUGCCAACGCAUGCAGUCUUCAGCUUCGUCAGGCCCGCAAGCUUCGUCAGCGGCAGCACAGCCGGUAAUCAGACGCGUUUUACAUCAUGGCUAGGCAGGAACAGUAGCACAGGCAAACUAAGUCGAUUAGUCAAGGAGAUUCAAGCUCAUAUGCGGCUGCGGUCCUCUGGCGACAGGCAUGAGGUUCGGCAACAGUACAUUCCAGUCCUCUGGACAGAACUGGUUCAGAAGCUACAGAAGGAAGGCAAAGAUGCUGUCCCACAGAUUAUCGACUUGAUGGACAGCUACUUUCUAACGCGAGAUGACUUUGACGCCAUUAUGGAGUUGGGUGUUGGCCCUAUGGACCAGGAGAAGAUCAAGAUUGAGACGCAGGCCAAGGCGACCUUUACACGGUUGUAUAAUCAACAAUCUCAUCCGCUGCCGUUCAUGAAAGCAACCUCUAUUGUCGCACCCAAGAAGCAGGCCAAGGAAAAGCCUGAUCUUGAAGAGGCGAUCGAAGAGUCUGAUGAUGGCGAGGUUGUCGAAGAAAUCAAAGAGGAGGAUGCAGAGGCGGAUCUGUCAAAGGACAAAUAUGUCAAGCAACCGAAGAAGAAGGCUGCGCCCAAGAAGGCAGGAAAGAAGAAGGCCAAAGCUGGGGAAAGCGGAGACGAAGAUGAGGAGGAUGUCAAGCCAAAAGCAAAGGGCAAGGGCAAGGCGGCGGCCAAGGGCAAGAAGAAGUGAGGCGGAUAGCUUUGUUAGGUACAAGAGAUGGUAUCUUUUGGUGGCUUAGCAUGCAACAUUGUACAUUACAUUACGAUCUAACCUACAGCCUAGCCUAGGUCGUGUAUAUUAGCAGUUUGGGCAAAAUAAGAUGACGUUGCUUGCAA